UAACCUUCGGGUGAGCUAGUCCAGAGAGCUGGAGAGCGAGAAAGGAACGGAGAAGACUAGUCGAUAUUUAACAUGGCGGAGACCGUACGCUCGCUCUUCGACUACCGGGAGCCACCAACCCUGGACAGCGACGGAGAGGGAACCAAACCGGCGCCGACACCUCGGGGACGUGGUUGUGGGAGGAAAAGGAAGGGAACUCCGGUGAAAGUGUGCGACCGCGUCUUUGUCACAGAGGAUGAGGAGGAGAGCUCUGAACACAGCUACGGUCCAGGUGAUGGUAAGGGGGCUGCAGAGAACAAACGACCAACGCUGGAUGGCCCAUGCUACAUCAAUGACCCUGCUCAGAUCUGCAGUGGGUCUUCAGAGCUAGGUGAGGAGGGAUCCAGCGGGGGCAGGGGGGCGGCGGGGAUGUACCCCCCUCCUCCAAACUGCCGCAUCCGCGAGGUACACUGUGGGAGCCAGGUGCGUCUGGUCGUCAUAGCGAUCCGAGACAUCACCAAGGGAGAGGAGAUCACCGUUGACUACAGCCUGACCGAGUGGGGAGACAACACUAUGGGUUUCCGUGGUACUGUCUCCUCAGGGAGAUAUGAGUGUAUCUCUGACCCUGAGAACAACAGUAUCAAAAAGGAGGAAGAGUCCGGGCCCGUGCCCUCCUCUCUCUCAGCCCAGGACUACCUCACCCCUUCCUGGCCCCUGUCCCCCUCUUCCUCCCCCCUCUCCCACUCCAACGCCAGCGACUCGGAUCCCCAGAAUGAGGAGGGCGAGGACGGGGGUCAGAGACGCACACCUCGCCGCCGAAAACGCCGCCGGACCACCACCCCUUCCAAAAAGAGAACCACCCCUCACUGGACAUCCCCGGGCCGCCCUCCCCUCUCCUCUUCAUACCGCCCCCUCACCUUCUCCCCCCUCCCUCCUCCUCCACCUCUUCUCGCCCUUCUCUGUUCAAAUCCCCCGCUCCGUUGGGGCCCAACACGACGGCGAACAUCAGUAUUAACAUAG